GUGACCCGGAGGAAGGGCGGGGCCGGGAGGAAGCCGACGCGCGCACUGUGGACCUGACAAGAUCAAAGCUGCAGGAGAAUGGACAGUGAGGUACAGAGAGAUGGAAGGAUCUUGGACCUGAUUGAUGACGCUUGGCGGGAAGACAAGCUGCCAUAUGAAGAUGUUGCGAUUCCACUGAGUGAGCUUCCUGAGCCUGAGCAAGACAACGGUGGCACCACAGAGUCGGUGAAAGAACAGGAGAUGAAGUGGACAGACCUAGCCUUACAGGGCCUCCACGAGAACGUCCCACCCGCUGGAAACUGAUGCUGGGCUCCUUCCCAUGGAUGGGGUUUUCAAAAAUAUGUGGAUAAAAAUGUUUCCUGUCUCCAAAUUCAAAUCUUUACGAAUAAAUCAACACUCAAAAACAUA